CACAACUCUAGGCGACAGCGACUUUAGAGAAGUCCAGGAAGCUCACUCGAAUCUCACUGUCGCCGACUUCACAACAGCUCCUGGUCAAUCCGCAUAUGCCUGGAGCUGAGGCUCCCUCCACUCCCUGAAAUAUGCCUUCCUCCACCACCAUGCUCACCAAAUUCGAGUCCAAAUCGUCGCGCGCAAAGGGCAUCGCCUUCCACCCGAAACGACCAUGGAUCUUGGUGUCACUCCAUUCCUCGACGAUCCAGCUAUGGGACUACCGAAUGGGCACGCUGAUAGACCGCUUUGAAGAGCACGAUGGGCCUGUGAGAGGCAUUGACUUCCACAAAACACAACCUCUAUUUGUUUCUGGGGGUGAUGACUACAAGAUCAAGGUCUGGUCAUAUCAGACGAGAAGAUGUCUCUUCACGCUGAAUGGCCAUCUGGACUAUGUCCGUACGGUCUUCUUCCACCACGAGCUCCCCUGGAUCAUCUCCAGUUCCGACGAUCAGACCAUUCGCAUAUGGAAUUGGCAGAACAGAUCCUUGAUCUGCACAAUGACGGGCCACAACCACUACACCAUGUGCGCCCAGUUCCACCCGAAAGAAGAUCUCGUAGUGUCAGCUUCACUGGACCAGUCAGUAAGAGUUUGGGAUAUCUCAGGCCUGCGAAAGAAGCACUCCGCGCCCACUUCCAUGUCAUUUGAGGACCAGAUAGCAAGAGCGAACCAGAGUCAGGCGGACAUGUUUGGUAACACCGACGCAGUGGUCAAGUUCGUGCUUGAGGGCCACGAUCGAGGCGUCAACUGGGUCGCGUUCCACCCGACUCUCCCAUUGAUCGUCUCGGCUGGAGAUGACAGGCUUGUGAAGCUUUGGCGAAUGAGCGAGACCAAGGCAUGGGAAGUCGACACCUGCCGAGGUCACUUCCAGAAUGCUUCAGCGUGCCUCUUCCACCCACAUCAAGAUCUCAUACUCUCCGUGGGUGAGGACAAGACAAUCCGAGUAUGGGACCUCAACCGAAGAACGACUGUUCAAUCCUUCAAGCGCGAGAAUGACCGCUUCUGGGUCAUCGCAGCACAUCCCGAGAUCAACCUCUUCGCAGCGGGACACGACAAUGGUGUUAUGGUUUUCAAGCUGGAACGCGAGCGACCUGCCUCGGCCGUCUACCAAAACAAUCUCUUCUUCAUCACCAAGGACAAGCACGUGCGGUCUUACGACUUCACCAAGAACGUGGAGAGCCCUUCGAUGCUUUCACUGAAGAAGCUUGGCAGCGCAUGGAUCCCGCCAAGAACUCUGUCCUACAAUCCAGCCGAGCGAUCUGUGCUGGUCACUACACCUGCAGACAGCGGCAUUUACGAGCUUAUGAGCCUCCCACGAGAUGCUUCUGGGGCUGUUGAGCCAACCAGCACUCACCGUGGCACAGGUAAUUCGGCUGUCUUUGUUGCGCGGAAUAGAUUCGCAGUCUUCACCUCCGCGAACCAGCAGAUCGAUAUCAAGGACCUCCAAAAUGCGACUACCAAGACGAUUAAGCCCCCUGCUGGUACCACUGAUAUGGUUUUUGGUGGGACUGGAUGUCUCCUGCUCAUCGCUCCAACCCACGUCUACCUGUAUGACAUUCAGCAAAAGAAGCAGCUUGCUGAGCUCGCAGUCGCCGGCGUGAAGUAUGUGGUCUGGUCUGGAGAUGGCUUGUAUGCCGCGCUUCUCAGCAAGCACAACGUCACCAUCGUCAACAAAUCCCUGGAACAGAUCAGCACUCUGCAUGAGACUAUUCGCAUCAAGAGCGCCGCGUGGGAUGACGCCGGUGUGCUGCUCUACUCAACUCUCAACCACGUCAAGUAUGCUCUAAUGAACGGAGACAAUGGGAUCGUACGCACUCUGGAGCACGUCGUGUACCUUGUCCGCGUCAAGGGCCGAAGUGUUUACUGCUUAGACCGUGCCGCCAAGCCCAAGGUCCUGACAAUCGAUCCAACCGAGUACCGAUUCAAGCUUGCUCUCGUCAAGCGCCACUACGACGAAAUGCUCAACAUCAUCAAAACUUCUAGCUUGGUCGGUCAAAGCAUCAUCUCGUAUCUGCAGAAGAAGGGUUACCCCGAAAUCGCUCUCCAGUUCGUCCAGGAUCCUCAAACGCGCUUCGAACUUGCCAUCGAAUGCGGCAACCUUGAUGUGGCAGUUGAGAUGGCCAAGCAGCUUGACCGACCCAAGCUCUGGCAGAGGCUCAGCACUGAAGCGUUGGCACACGGCAACCAUCAGGUCGUAGAGAUGACCUAUCAGAAGCUUCGCAAUUUCGACAAGCUCUCCUUUCUUUACCUCACCACUGGUGACCAGGAGAAGCUCAACCGCAUGGCGAAGAUCGCGGAGCACAGAGGCGAUCAGACAAGUCGAUUCCAAAACUCCAUCUACCUUGGCGAUGUACAGAGCCGGAUAGAAAUGCUCAAGGAAGUGGACCAAUACCCUCUGGCCUACCUGACUGCCAAGUCGCAUGGUCUUGAUGACGAGUGUCAGGCCAUCUUGGAAGCUAGUGGGUUGAGUGAAGAGGACAUCAAGCUUCCCACCCUCGGACAACCGAAGCCUGCACCCAAGGCCGUUGCGCCCACAUUCAAGAGCAAUUGGCCAGUAAGAUCGACUGGUGUCAGCUCCUUCGAGAAGGCUCUCAAUGCUGAAGACGGUGAAGUUACCGCUGACGCCAAUGGCUACGCUGAGGAGGAUCUCCUCGCAGAAGAAACCGCUGCUGCUGUCAACGGCGGUCUGGGCGAUGCUGGCGAUGACGAAGAUGCUGCAGACGGUUGGGACAUGGGUGACGAAUCGAUCCCAGAAGUUGAAGAGGAUUUCGUCAACGUCGAAAGCGCAGAUGCUGGUGCUGGUAGCAGCGAAGCAGAUCUCUGGGCGAGGAACUCACCUCUUGCGGCAGAUCACGCAGCAGCGGGCAGCUUCGAUACCGCUAUGAACCUGCUCAAUCGUCAAGUCGGCGCUGUCAACUUCAAGCCACUUGAGUCUCGGUUCAUGGAGAUAUACCAGGCAACACGGACCUACCUGCCUGCCAACUCUGGCAUGCCACCUCUGGUGAACUAUGUUCGCCGCACACUAAAUGACACCGACUCACGCAAGAUUCUGCCACUGAUCACACGGGAUGUUGAGUCAGUGCUUGCUGAAGAGAUCAGAAAGGGCAAGGAAUCGAUGCAGAGCAACAAGCUUGACGAAGGUGUCGUCUUCUUCAAAAAGGCACUUCUGCUCCUCAUGGUCAACGCUGUUUCGUCGCAGAGCCAGGCUCAAGAAGCGCUAGCAGCAGUGCAACAGGCCGCACAGUAUGUGCUAGCCAUGUCCAUUGAGACCGAGCGCCGAAAGGUCGCGGGUGCCUCGACCGACAUUAGCAGUCUUGACGAUGCCGCCAAGAAGCGGUGCUUGGAGCUUUCGGCCUACUUUACCGUGCCUGAGAUGGAGCCCAAACACCAGACCCUCGCAUUGUUUUCGGCCAUGAAUUUCGCGAACAAGAACAAGCAGCUCGGAAGCGUGUUGAACUUUGCGAAUGCGCUGAUCGAGCGCGGCACGAACGCCAAGUUCAAGGAGACCGCAAAGAAGAUGAAGGCCAUCGCAGAACGCUCGCCCACCGACGCCAUCGAGAUCGAAUACGACACAUUCAGCGAAUUCGACAUUUGCGCCGCAUCAUAUACACCCAUCCACGCUGGCGAGGCAAGCACAAGCUGUCCUUUCGAUGGCAGCAAAUAUCAACCGCAGUAUAAGGGCACGGUGUGCAAGAUCUGCGAAGUUUCUGCUAUUGGUGCGCCCAGCAGUGGUCUGCGGUUGACGGUGUAAACGGACGGAUUGAUGUGAGCGUGGAAGGGAAGGGAAGCUUGGUGUCAGGAAUAUGCUGGCUGCUCAGAUGCAAUAAGCGAGGGAUAAAAGCUGGGCGUCUAGAGAACAGCACGUCUUUUGAAAUCCU